AUGAAAAAUUCUGAAAGAAAAAAUGAAUUUGUACGAUAUAUUUGUAAUGAAAUUAAAAUAUUUUUAAAAGAUGUUGGAAUUAAGUAUGUAAAUAAGAAAUAUAGCAAAAAUGAAGACGAUGUAGAGAGUGAAAUUAAGGAUUUUUUGAAAGAAAUAAAAAAGAAAUGGGAAAAAGAAAAUCCGACGAAAAUACAAAAAGUGCUUCAAAGGAUGAAAACAUUAUUUAUAAAAUCUCCCGAAAAGAAGGAGAAAAAGGCAAAGAACUAAGACUACUAUGACAAAAAACAAGGAUUUGAUCUUUAGUGAAAAAAGCAAAUGAUUGAAAGAUUUGUAAAUUAAGAAUUAUUUUUAAAGGCUCUGACAUUUGCGGUACAUUAUUUAAGUUGUAGAUUUCGAUUGUAUUUUACAAAGGCAAUGACAAUUAUAAUCCUCUGGCACAGACAAAACUUUGAUAAAAUACCAAAACCAAGCUUUAUGCAUUUUAAUUCCAAUGGACCGCAGAUGUCAGGGUUAAAUGUGCCCUCCGAUUAUAUCACCUCAAUUACCGUAUUUACUAGAUUAAUUCCCCACCCUCGAAUAAUUCCCCAUGCCAGGGAUGAGUUGA